UCGCAGAGGGUGACACAAAUUUGAAAAGUUGCUAAGAUAGGAGGAAGAAAGUCAAGGAAUUCAGCUGAUAAGGAACUCAAGUGGGGAAUGUGUAAGCAUGACAUGGAAAGCAAAGAGGAAGAUAGAGACGACCCAAAACCUAAAAGAGGGAUAAAUCUGAGUCAAUGUCAGGAAAGUUUGGUGCUUUUAUCGCCGAAACUGGAAUCGAAUUUUCAUACCUCAUAGAACUAACUAACCUAAGAAAUGGGCAGUUGCAGCAGCUGCUGCUGCUUGGUUGCUUCAGCGGCUGUGAAUCCAAGGAUUUGCGAUUGCUGGGAUGUUUCGGAAGUUUGAGAGUGGCUUCCUGCUGCUUUCUGAACAGGCAAUUCGUCUUGUCUCCCCCAGUUGUUAUUGCAGGGAGGGUG